AUGAAGAUGGCUGGUGGCCUCAAGGACCGAGCCAGCACCGUGCACGACCUCAAAUACUACGUCGAGGAGCAAAAGCGUCUGUACCAGGAGCUUCCCUUCCGCGUUCUUCCCGGAAUGCGUCGUCGCUCUUUCCGUAGCGAACGGGAGUUCCCGCAGCUUCGUCCACGCAGCUCAUGGGCGAAUCUAUCUCGCCUCAUCCAGAAGCAUGGAGAGCAGAAGCCGUUGCUCGAGGAGGAGGAAGAGGAGCCUGGCUACACGUAUUCGUUGCUGGUUUCAUGCAUGGUAGCGGUCAUCAACGCCUUCCAGUAUGGCUACAACACGGCUGUGACGGGCGCCAUGAACGCUGCGGUGGUGUUCCCCGGCCACUCGGACAUGAUGUGGGCUCUGUGUGUCUCGAGCUUCGCUGUGGGUGGACCCAUCGGGUCCUUCGCGGGAGGUCAAAUGAGCGGCCAACUCGGUCGUAGGAAGACGAUGCUCGCCAAUUCCUGUCUCUUUCUUGUAUCUGGCGCUGUCAUGGCCUUCUCAUUCAACAUGUACAUGCUCGUACUCGGUCGGUUUCUCGUCGGUAUCGCGUCGGGAACCGCCACGGUCGUCGUCCCGCUGUAUCUCGGAGAACUGGCGCCGCCCAAUCUCCGUGGAGCGUUGGGCACAACGUACCAAUUGGCAAUGGUCAUCGGCAUUCUGGCAACUGACAUCCUGGCGUUCGGCUUUGCUGGAGAGAGCCAAAGCCUCGCCCAGCCAGGCUGGCGUCUCAUGUUCGGGUUCGCUGGCAUCCUCGGCGCUCUUCAGAUCGCUCUAACGCCGCUACUAAGUGAAAGUCCACGCUGGCUGCUGAAUCAUGGCGAGGAGAAAGAAGCGGAGCACACGCUGCGUCGUCUCCGCCAAACCGACGACGUGUUUGACGAGCUGGACAACAUUUCUGCUGCCAGUUUCAGCGAAUCUGGCGACGUCCAGGGCGUUGGCGACGUUUUACGCGACAAGAAGAUCCGCGUCCCUCUCCUGGUUGCUGUGGUGUUGCAGUGCGCCCAGCAGUUGAGUGGCAUCAACGCUGUCAUGUUCUACGCCAGCUCGUUCUUCAAGAACGCGGGGCUGGAGAACCCUCUGGUCGGUAUCACGCUGGUUUACAUUGUGAACGUGCUGGCUACAGUCGUUGCACUGAUGCUGAUGGACUCGGCUGGACGUCGUCCGCUCCUGCUCUGGUCCAUUGUGGGAAUGCUCGUGUCGAGUGGGAUUUUGACGGUGGGAUUGAUGGAUUUGCUGCCGUUCGGGAGCCUCUUCAGUGUGGGCGGCGUCAUGAGCUUCGUGUGGUUCUUUGAGAUCGGACUGGGGCCCAUCCCGUGGCUCAUUGCAGCUGAGAUGUUCCCUGCAAAGUCGCGGACGACGGCGACUGCGAUCGCCACGAUGGUCAACUGGUUUGGACUGUUCCUCAUCGGUAUCUUCUUCCCUACGAUGCAGGCAGCUCUGGACGACUUUAUCUUCGUGCCGUUUGCAGUUCUGCUGGUCUUGGCACUGGUAUUCUCACUCAAAUAUGUGCCCGAGACGAGAGGCAAGACGGUGGAAGAGAUCCAACACGAACUCAACGCGAAGUAG